AUGAAAAUUCUGAUAAGAAUAAAAUGUAUUUUAUGUAUAUGUAUUUGUGUUAAUCGUAAUAUUUUUGCAGUGUUUUCCCUAAAACAGCAGAUAGCUCAAAAUGGAAGUAAAUACAUAUUUUUAAGUAAAAGUCGUGUAAAGUGUAGAAGUAAACAGUGUAUUAAUAGCAGUGUGUAUAGAGGAAGAAAGGAUUCUUUUGUAAAAUACGGAUAUGUUACCCCAAAUUAUUCAAAUUACCUGGAAGCAAAUAAAGUAAUAAAUACUAAACCGGAAGGAGAAAAAUUGUUGAAUAUAUUGUCAAUAGAAACUAGUUUUGACGACACAUGUGUAGCAGUAGUUAGAAGUGACGGGAAGAUACUGUCAGAAGGAUCAUCAUCGCAAGCACACAUAAUAGAGGAGUUCGGAGGAAUAAAGCCAUUCACAUCAAGAGACACACAUAUGGAAACAAUAGAAUCACUGUGCGAUAAAGUGAUGAAGGAAUCAGGACUAAAAAUGGAGGACAUAAAUGAGAUAGCAGUGACGAGAGGGCCAGGAAUGGAGCUGUGUUUGAGAGUGGGAUACAAUUUCGCAACAGAGCUGUCGAAGAGGUACAACAUUCCGCUGGUUUCCGAAAACCAUAUAGCCUCCCACUGCUUGUCACCAAUGAUAACAGACCAUCAGUACAAGCACAUGGGAAAUGGCAUGCAGGAAAAGUCAGAGGAUUUAAAGUACCCGUACCUGGCGCUUCUGCUAUCAGGAGGGCACUCGCAAAUAUACAUGGUGGAAAAUCCGUCAUCGUUUCACCUAAUGUGUGAUACGCAAGACCAGUUCGCAGGAUCGGUAUUAGAUAAGUGUGCAAGGGAGCUGGGCCUAGAGAUAGAGAAGGGAGGAGGGCCGGAGUUGGAAAAGGCAGCAAAGCAAACCAACAUAUCGCAGUUCAAGUUUACACUGCCGAGCAAGACGAGCAGCUAUCUCCAGUUCUGCUUUUCGGGAAUACAAUCGCAGCUUAAAGAAGCAAUAAAAACCACCUUAAACAAGUGGAAGAUGUCAACAGUGAAGGAGUUACCGAGAGAUAUAAUAAAUCAAUUGGCCUACACGGCGGAGUCAACACUGUUUGAUAAGGUAUUGGACGUGUUGGACAGAGCAAUGGACAUAUCAAGGACAUUCUUCCCAAUAAGGCAAGUGGUAGUAGUAGGAGGUGUGGCUGCAAACAAUACGCUCAAGAACAUGAUAUUUAAUUUGUUAUACGAUACUGAUGAUUCAGUGCUGUAUGAGAAGCAGAAAGUAUUUUUGAGAAAAGUGCAUCAAAUAGUAUUGAGGUUCAUAAGAGGAGAUAGGUACACGUUGACAGAAGAUAACCCAUACCGCCUAAUGUUUGAAAAAUUUAGCAGAAAGGUUAAAAGCCUGGAUGAGUACAUCCAUUACCUGUGGAAUCCGGACCUGAUGCCGGAGUUGUUGAUUCCAGGAAGGCUGGAAAAGGUGGGAACGAAGCACAAGAACGAGCUGUACAAAGGAAUGAUAUACCUGUACCUGAAGCAGCUGAACAUGAAGAGGCUCCUGAGAAUAAAAAGAGCAAUAAGGAGGGUGGACAAGAGUAUGGCGCUGCUGGAGCCGUCGAAGUACAUACUGCAGAAAAUCAGGAACGAUAAGAAGUCACCCUGCUUCACAAUAUCGCUGGAGCCGCAGCAAAGCAGAAGAUGGUACCUGUACAGCACAAGUAAAAAGUACUCGACGGACAACGCAGUGAUGAUAGGAUUCAGCCUAAUAGAAAAACACAGGUGA